AUGCAAAAUCAUGGUUUAAUGUCAAGAGAGCAAGAAAAGCUUAAGUUUUAUUAUUUUGCUAUGGCAAAUCCACUUCCUACCUUUUACAACAUUAUGAAUAUACAUAUGAACUUUAAAACAGAGUAUACAAGUAAAUAUAUAACAUAUUGGAAUCGUUGGUUGAAAGAACCUUAUAAUAUAGAUUAUGGUAUGAAAGUGUUGGGGGAUCAAAUGAAUGAUAUUUCACGUAUUUUACCUCGACAAUACUUCCGAAUGCAACCUCCAUUGAACCCGCUGUCCUUAGAACCCACUUGGCCAUAUGGUGCUCUAACAGAUGGUCAGACAUUUUGGUACAAUAUUAACAAUAACCCUAAAUAUUGCCUCGCUUGUUUGAAAGGAGAAAUACCUGAGGACAAGCUUGAGUUCUCUGUUGUUGGAUCUACCGGAACCGGAAAAUCUACUACCUUUGCAUGCUGGUCUCUAGCUAAAGCCCUUCAUGCUAAAAAUCUGCUCGACCUGACAAGAGUAAUCGUCUUUAUGCCCACUCGAGAAGCCGUCCCAUCUGCUUACACCUCCGCUUGUGCUCAAUUUGUCAAGAAGAACUCCUGGCUCUGUGUUGCUUAUGCUCACGGAUCAGAAGAUGGAACUGUGCACAAAGAAGAAUCAGAAAA